UCUAAAACCCACAGAAUAAUAUUCAGCAUUUUACCUCAAAUACAAAAUGGAUUUGAAUGCGCAACCGGAAAUCUAGGUCGACCUGAAUCCAACACCACUUGCACCUGGAAUGUGCAGUAACCUCUAAUAGAAGACAUACACAUCUGCCUGGACACACAGAGGAUUGUGAGAUUGGAAAUAGAGACAUGUGCUUCUACACAAAGGCCUGGAAACACUGGAAGGACUCACGACUGUGGACAUGACCAGCUGACUGGGUGCUGCCACCAACACAGAUAAGAAAGGUCUGUGGAUUACCGCCCUUUCUACCAUGCAAGCCUCCCCACUCCCUCAAUCACAAAAAUCACACCCACCCCUCAUUUUACACCACCAUUUCAGUAAAACACCAUCCUCGUCCUCUCUUUCCCCUGAUCCAUCCACUAAUUCUCAGCCCUCACACAAACUCACACCAACAGCUCUGUGUCCAAAGUACACCUUUGGUUACCUGAACCCCUUCAUAGCACCCCAAAGCUCAUCUCUGCCUCCGCAUCAUUGGCUGACACUGGUCACCUGUGCCUGCUUACUAUCAGCUCUAAUUGGACGGAUACCUGGAGCACUGGCAGGGGAGACGUGGGGUGUAGUCUCUUCAUGCCCUUUUCACUGUGUCUGCCGGAAUCUCUCGGAGUCUCUGAGCACGCUCUGUGCAGACAAAGGCCUUCUCUUUGUUCCACUGAAUAUUGACCGGCGAACAGUUGAGCUCCGCCUGGCAGACAACUUCAUCAGAGAAGUGGGCGGCACAGACUUUGUUAACAUGACAGGAUUGGUGGAUUUAACCCUGUCCCGGAACACAAUCAGCUACAUCAAAGCAAUGACAUUUGCAGAUCUUGAAAGUCUCCGAUCAUUGCACUUGGAUGGAAAUCGGCUGACAGAACUCGGUCCAAGAGACUUAGCAGGAAUGCCAAACCUGCAGCACCUCAUUGUCAACAACAACCAGCUCAUCAACAUUUCCGCCGAUGCCUUUGAUGACUUUCUUCUCACACUGGAAGACCUGGACCUGUCUUAUAACAACUUACGCAAGGCACCCUGGGAUGCCAUUCAGAACAUGGCGAGCUUACAUACCCUCAAUCUUGACCACAACCUCAUUGACCAGAUCGAGGAGGGCUCCUUCAGCGAGCUCUACAAACUGGCUCGGUUAGACAUGACAUCAAAUCGGCUUCAGACUCUUCCACCAGACCCUCUUUUUGCCAGGUCCCAAACUGGAAUGAUCAGCCCAACACCCUACAAUUCAGUUCUCAGUUUGAACUUUGGGGGAAACCCUUUACACUGUAACUGCGAGUUGCUCUGGCUGAGGAGAUUGAUUCGGAGCGAUGAUAUGGAGACUUGCGCCACUCCAGUCCACCUGGCAGGACGUUACUUCUGGUCAAUACCUGAAGAGGAAUUUACCUGUGAGCCUCCACUUAUCACUCGUCAUACACACAAACUCUGGGUGUUAGAGGGCCAAAAGGCGACCCUGAAAUGUCGCGCUUUAGGAGACCCUGAACCCAUGGUGCACUGGGUUUCACCAGAUGAUCGGAUAGUUGCCAACUCUAGUCGUACCACCUCAUUCCAAAAUGGGACCCUUGAAUUCCUAGUGACUGUGGCCCGUGAUGACGGUGCUUACACCUGUAUUGCAAUCAAUGCUGCAGGAGAGGCAACUGCAGUUAUUGAUCUUAAGGUCAUCCCGCUUCCUCACCGAGGGAAUGGGACAGUGUCUUUAGCCCGUGACCCAGGGUCUUCAGAUAUCACCAGGGGGAAAACCAAUGGACAGAGCCCCAGCCAGGAUACUAACACAGAUUUACAGGAAGUUAAAGAGAAUGUAGAAGCGAGUGAUGGAGGAAGUGAAGGGUCGGAGGACCAGUUUGUGGAGGUACAAGGAGUGACCUCCACCUCAGCGCAGGUUCGGUGGGAUAUAGGAAAACCUUCAGGCACAUACUUGGUUUGGAUGUACCAGAUUCAGUACAACUGCACAGCAGAUGAAACCCUGGUGUACCGGAUUCUGCCCCCGACGAGUAGCAGCUUUCUUCUGAAAAACCUGGUCUCGGAUGCAGACUACAACCUGUGCGUCCUCGGCAUUUUUGACGAGAUGGUCACCUCCAUGGCUGCCACGAAGGUCCUCGGUUGUACCCAGUUCAGCACCAAGGACAACUACGCUGACUGCCGUUCACUUCAGGCGCACUUUCUGGGUGGGACCUUAACCAUCCUGGUCGGAGGCAUUGUCGUGGUGUCACUACUUGUGUUCACGGUGGCGCUCAUGGUUCGUCAUCGGGUCUGCGCUAAUCACGCCGGUCACCAUGACAACACAGGUGAGGUUGGAUGCUCGGGAUCAGGCUGUGCGGCGCCAGGUAAAGGAGCCAGUUUUGAUCGGAGCAAUGGCAGUGGUGAGGUAAUGAUGGUUGUCCUACCGAACGGGAUGCUUCAAAAACAGAAAAGGGCGCCAACGGGUGCAGAAUCAAAAUCGACUUCAAGUCAGAAACCCCAAAUCCUGCCCAAACCCAAGAUGAAUCUGGAGCAACUAAAGACAGGGAUGGGAUCAAAAAAGGCGCUUCCACCUUAUACGCCUGAGACUGAGCGGAUGCCUAUGUACUACACUCCAUCUACACUGCCACGAAAUGUACACCAGUCCGGAGCAGGGUGUAAAAUUUCCACAAACAGGGAUCUAUUAAAACGGGCUAGUUUUAGCCUACCUCAUUAUGACUCUGAUUUCAGAGAUAGACGGUUCAGCACAGGAGGGACCAUUGUAGUCCAACGAGGAGGCAAGGACAGCCAAGAAUCAGUUAGUCAACUCUGUCGUAAGCGUAGCUCAUCGUUUGAUAUGAGCAACAUGGCUGCAACAACAUGCUACAGCUACGCCAGACGGCUCGGUGUAAUCUGGAGCAAACGCAGCCAGUCGCUGCAUGGCACGCUUGUUCAGUGCGCCUCUACGAACAGUAUUUCCACAGCCAGCAGCGGGAACGGAGAUUACCCCACACAAGGUGCCAUCCUCGGUUACAAGAAACUCGCUACCACCUCCAGCACGGCCAGAUCUCACACAGAGCAGGCUAGAGACAAAGGGAAGGGGAAAAUGAAAAGUGAAAAUGGAGAGGAACUGGAGGAAAGUGUGGUGUAGAUAAGCUAGAUUUAGUAAGGCAAUAAAUAUAAGCAGAACAAAAGGUACAGUGAGGAAAAAGAGAAAGUUCAGAAGCACAGUGCAAGGUGAGGUGUAAUAUGUAGGUGUGAGGAAGCAGCUGUUCAAACCUUUAUGUGGGGUUGCAUAGAAGGAUGAAAUGUACAAAAACAAGUCCUGUCAGAGAAAGUGUAGAAGUAAGGUGCAAAGAGCAGAGUCAAGAAUCAGUCCAAUGUCAGAUGGACUUAAAAGAAAGAACACACUAAAAGUAUCCUGAGGGACUUGAUCUAAGUGGAUUCUAAACCAACACAGAAACCCAAUCUUUCCAACACGCCUGUGAGAGCUAACAGCCGAGCUAAAUUAAGCGCAGCCUAUUUCUGGAUAUCAGGACAAACCUACAAAGGAAACGACUUUUAACUUAUCCGUUCGAUGGGACAGCACAGCGCGAUGGCAUUCGAGAAACGAUCAAUUAGCCAGCCUGACACUGGGAUUACAGAGGCAGAGGCAUGCCUGGAAAUGCCGAGUCAUGCCCGAUCAAUUGGAUAUGAUCAAGAGAGUCGCUUUUACAGCAGCUAGUGCGGAAGAAGCACAGGCGUGAAAUGUGGAGCUUGAAUGAUGAUAAAAGAAUUUGGGACAGAUUUAACACACAGACCAAUAAACGGUCAUUGACAACGGAUGAAAAGGAUUGGAUAUGCUCUAGGUGUGUGUGUGCGUGUGUGUGUAAGUAAAAAAAGUUAAACACUCCUAUUGUUUACUGACAUUACUGGACUCUCUGUGUAACUAUAACUAUUAACAAUGUGUUUUGCCAAACUGAGAUGCAUUACUGUGGCCUAAAAUUCCACAGGUCACCUGGACUACAUAAAAAAGGUUAUAUCAGAAACAAAUGCCAGAAAGAUUGUGUCAUUCCCAUGGAAGUGUUUUCUUACUAACUUUCAUGAGUGAUAUUAAAGCUAAAAAAGACAUUUUGUUGCAAGUCUUUGAAGAUUAGUUAGAUAAAUGAUUGUGAUUAUCAUUGAGCUUAAAGAAUAGAGCCAAAUCU